AUGGCGGACAAAAAACGUAAACACGAAACAUUGAGUUUAGUUAAAAAGAUGGAAAUUUUGCGAAAGUUGGAUAGUGGUGAAAAUCAGAUGAAGUUGGCUGGUGAAUAUGGUGUAGGCCGUGCAACAAUUUAUGAUAUAAAAAAGAAUCGUGAGAAGAUUGAAAACUUCGCCAACACUGCUGACGCCGGGACGAGUUCACGACAGACUGUGAAGAUUGGAGAGUAUCCUGUUAUGGAGGACGCGUUGUAUACGUGGUUUCUUCAAGAACGAGCUCGUCAUACGCCUCUUACUGGAGAUAUUAUUCGUCAAAAAGCUUUAACUUUUUAUGAAAAAAUAUACAAGAAUGCCAACUUCAAAGCUAGUGAUGGGUGGUUCCAGAAUUUCAAGUCAAGAUAUGGAAUACGUUUGUUGACUAUAACCGGCGAAAAAUUAUCCAGUGACACAUCAGCCGUCGCUCCAUUUGUCGAGAAGUUUAAGAAAAAAGUUGACGAUCUUGGUUUAACACCAGACCAAGUUUAUAACGCUGACGAAAGCGGCCUGUUUUGGAGAGUUUUACCUAACAAAACUUAUGUUUAUAGAAAGGAGUCAGAAGCUCCAGGCAGGAAAGUGUCAAAAGACAGGGUCACUAUUAUGCCCUGUGCAAAUGCUAGUGGCACUCAUAAACUUAAACUGCUGUUUAUUGGAAAAGCGAAGAAUCCUAGAGCUUUCAAAAAUGUUAAUCUUCCACUUGUGUAUAAAAAUCAAAACAAGGCAUGGGUAACUAAAGAAUUAUUCGUUGACUGGUUUCACAAUGAUUUUGUGCCUGCGGUACGUAAAUUUUUGAAAAGCAAGAAUCUUCCACCUAAAGCUGUUCUGUUGUUGGAUAAUGCCCCUGCCCAUGGACCAAAUGAUGAGUUAUCAUCUAGGGAUGGUAAGAUUCAAACACUUUUUAUGCCACCUAAUUGCACACCGUUACUUCAACCUAUGGACCAAAAUGUAAUUCAGAUGAUAAAAUGUAACUACAAGAAGAAACUGUUAUUGAAUGCUGUUAUUCGGGAUGAUGAUGCCACUAAAACACUGAAAGACAUGAACCUUAAAGAUGCGGUCUUUAACGUAACUGAAGCGUGGAACAUGGUGCCUCAAAAAGCGAUUCAAUCGUCCUGGAAAAAAUUAUGGCCUUCACUAAACCAAAAUCCUGAGGAAGAAGAAGAGUGGGAAUCAGAAGAUGAAUUACCUCUUGCAGAACUAAAGCAAAUGUUGUUCCAAAAAAAUCAGACAGAGUUGACUGAACAAGAUGUUGAGGAAUGGUUUGCGGAAAACUCGGAUUCUUUUCCUGCAAUGACCGAUGAAGAAAUAAUAAAUGAUGCUGUUUCUAGCUCUGAACAAGAUGAUUUGGAAAUGACCUUGCUUAGUCCCACGAGCCCUUCAGUGAAGGCUGAAGAUGGCCUGAAAUCAAUAGAUGUCAGUAUUCGCUGGGCAGAGGAGAAUAACGCUAGUAACGACAUUUUACUGAAUUUGAGAAAGUUAAGAGAAAUGAUAAUUAAAAAAAUUUACUAUGGCAAGAAGCAAGUGAAAAUUGACAAUUAUUUGGUCAAAGCGUCGUCUUCCUCUUCUGCGGCUGAAAACGUCACAAAUGAUGAACCUAAUAUGUAA